CUAUCAUCCUUUAUCCACAUGCACUUCCUCCUCUUCGGUUUUCUUUCACUCAAACCUUGUAAGAAAACACCCAAAUAAACCAAGUGAGAAAUUCAAAGAAUCGAAUUUGUCAAGCAAAGCUAUAAUAGCAACAAACUUAUUUAGCAUAUACACAAUUAAAAAAAAAAAAAAACCAUGCAAGGUGAAGAUAAUCCGGUCGGUUUAAUCCCUCAACUCUACUCUGGUAUAUACAAUCAAAUGGCUCCGCAACAAGGAGAUCCUCCAAAACGACGUCGGAGGAGAAAGAACAAAGGUGAUGGGAGCAGUUUGGCUGCUAAGAAGAGGAAGCUUAGUGAAGAGCAAGUGAAUAUGUUGGAGAUGAGCUUUGGUUGUGAGCACAAACUCGAGUCCGAACGAAAGGAUCGGCUUGCUUCGGAGCUGAAUUUGGAUCCGAGGCAAGUUGCGGUUUGGUUCCAAAACCGAAGGGCUCGAUGGAAGAACAAGAAGCUCGAACAUGAAUACUCCAAGUUGAAAAAUGAACAUGAGAAGACUAUUGUAGAGAAGUGUCGUCUUGAAACUGAGGUGUUAAGCCUUAAAGAGCAAUUAAGUAACGCGCAAAAGGAAAUGCAAAAACUAGUAGAUAGGUCAUCAACUUCAUCAUCGGCUAUAUCAAGCAACAGUCCUAGCUCCUCUUUAACAAUGGAUCAACAUCCUAAUGUGGUCGACCCUCAACUUCUUGAGGAACAAAUUGGAAUAGGAGGAUGUUUCGACAGUAUGUUUUAUGUCCCAGAUACUAACUAUGGCGCUAGCAUGGAUUGGGCUGCUGGUCUCUAUAUGUGAAUUGAGUUUAAUUAAGUAGAAUAAUUAGGGAGGAGUUGGAUAUAUAUAAAUUAAUUAUCUAUAAAUUGUAAAUUAUAUUUAUUAUUAUAUUCACUAAUCUAAUUGUAAUAUUUUGCUUUUUAGGGCAUGUUAUGUUCAAACUAUGUAAUGGGAGUUUAUCUUAAUAUAUUAAGUAGCGUUUCCCUCAA